GUAACGUUUUCAGCAGCGAUGUUACAGGAACUGAAAAACGUAUACAACAAAGAUGGCGUCUCCCGGCGAGGCAGUGGUGAUUGAUACACACGUGGGAAAAAAGAAGAAGCCCCCAGCUCGAUACUGGGAUGAGCCGCAGGAGGAGGGCAAAGAUGAAAACACAGUGGGAAAAGGAUGUGAACAGACCGAACAGGCUGUGCAACAGAAACAGACACAGAAAGCAAAGAAAAGAAAGCAAGAAGAGGAUCAAGGAGAUGGAAAGAUGUUCAUAUCAGGGAAACCUGACCCUUUCCCUGGGCCUGCACCUAUUCCAGAGGACAGGGUGCAGAAGUUCAAGAGGAGAGAUAAAACUAAAAAGUCUCACCGGCAGCAUUACAAGCUGAAAGACAUGAUGUCUCGCUCAGAAGAAGUUUCAGAAAUGGCCCAGAAACAAGCUGCUCGGAUUGACCUCCUACUCCCAGAGGACGCAGGGUUUCUGGAAGGAGAUGACGAUGAGGACACGUGUACGAUCUCUCAGGAAGAUAUUUCAGAUGCUGUGGAUAUAACAGCCGCAGCAAAGUAUUUUAACCUCAAACUGUCUCAGUUUGGACCAUAUCGACUGGAUUACAGCAAGACUGGACGUCAACUGCUGCUUGGUGGGAGGAGAGGCCAUGUUGCUUGUAUAGACUGGCAGUCCAAACAGCUCAUGUGUGAGAUAAACGUGAUGGAGUCUGUCAAUGAUGUAAAGUGGCUCCACAGUGAGGCCAUGUAUGCAGUGGCUCAGAAGAAGUGGCUGCAUAUCUAUGACUCCAAUGGAAUAGAGCUUCACUGCAUCCGCAAAUUCAAUGACGUCCUUCGAAUGCAGUUCCUCCCCUACCACUUUUUGCUCGCAACAGUGAGUGCUACCAGUUUCCUGCAGUACCUGGAUGUGUCUGUGGGAAAGGAAGUGGCAGCCAUCUGCACCAAGACAGGCCGGCUCGACGUGAUGUGCCAGAACCCUCAUAAUGCCGUCAUCCACCUGGGCCACUCCAACGGCACAGUCACCCUCUGGUCGCCCAACCAGAAAGAAGCCCUCGUCAAGAUGCUCUGUCACCAGGGCGCCGUGCGCUCUGUCACCGUAGACAAGACGGGCACAUACAUGGUGACAUCUGGUAUGGAUAAAAAGCUGAAGGUUUAUGACAUUCGAACCUUCAAGCCCCUCAAGUCCUACUUCCUCCCAGCUGGAGCUUCCUGUUUGUCACUGAGCCAGAGGGGACUGCUGUCUGCAGCCACAGGGGACAUUGUUCAGGUGUACAGAGACGUGUGGAGCACUCCAGUGACUAAACCCUACAUGGCUCACAGAGUUCAAAGAACAGUUUGGGGGAUGCACUUCUGUCCCUUUGAGGAUGUACUUGGGGUGGGACAUGGAGAGGGAUUCACCAGCAUGCUCAUACCAGGUGCUGGAGAGCCCAACUUUGAUGGUCUGGAUGCAAAUCCUUACCGUAGUGCAAAGCAGAGGCAGGAGUGGGAGGUUAAAGCCCUGCUGGAGAAGAUCCAGCCGGAGCUCAUCAGCCUCGACCCCACCGAGCUGGGACAGGUUGAUCACACCACCUUUGAGCAAAGGCACCAAGACAGGGUCCAAGCUCUGGGCUUUGACCCACUUGCCAAAGAAAAGUUUAUUCCGAAGUAUAAGAAAAAAGGUCGUAGUUCGGCUGGCAAUGUUGAAAAGCGCAAGAGACAAGUGGCUCAUGAGGACCUGCGGGAGGAAAUCAGGAUAACUGUGGAGGACAAAAUGAAGAUUGAAAAAGAGAGAAAGGAGAGGGAGAAGAAAGAGGCGGUGUUAUCUAGCCAGAGAUCUGCUCUGGACAGAUUUGAAAAAUAGAAUGAAAGAGGACCCUUUGUCCAACCCAAAACCCAGUGACAUUCUGUGGGAGAGAUCUUUGAACUUCUUAUAAAGGACACAUUUUUAUUUGGAUACAUUACUCCACCGUGGGAGCAAAACACGAACUGCAGAAAUUCUGGAUGUAGUCAGCAGAUCGUCUGUAAUCAAUGUUGAGUGCAGUAAAACGGAAGUUCUGUUUAAUGUCGGUCGUCUGAAGCACUUCCUGUCUAGAUGGGUGGAUAAUGUGAGGUGCCAUGAGUAACAUGGGUGUCAUCCAGAAUUUGUGUCAAGUUGUAUUUGCUUCUCUUCUGAUAAACACAUUUUUCACUCAUCUUUGACAAUGAGUGCUAUUGUGGCUGAACUGACUGUGCGUAUGUCAAAUGUUUUAUAUAAAUAUGUUCUAAAAAAUAAACAACAUAAUGCCA